UAAAGAAGAAUAAAAAUUCAAAUUAAAAUUGAAACAUAUACGUCUAUUGUCACGAGCAUGUAUCAUAUAAAUUAAUACAAUUCAUAGAAAUUCAUAAUCGAAUUUGUUAUAUUGCGUCAGAUUUUUUAUAAUAUUAGUACAAUAAUAGAUUAAUAUAGAACGAACGUCAUAUUUACUCGAAGCAAUUCGAAUAAUCUCUGACGAAUACAUAAAUCUGACUAUCUACUCAAAGUUGAAACCAUUCAAAUCCUUGUAGCUUCUUCACAUGGUAUACUCUAAAUGCUCGUAAAUUUAAAAGUCGAAAAAGCUAUUCGACAUAUUUCGGUCAUGAGAUAGCAAGUUGUUCGUUGGAGAGUUUCUUUUUUUAGAUUCGCUUCGUUCCCAUCACGAGAACGAAGAUCUAAUCUCGGAGGAAAACUAGCGAGUCGACUUGUUGAAGAUAUUAACGAAUCGUUUUAAUUCCGUCGAAACGACGUCGAUGCUCGUCUUAUCCAUUUCUCACGUCAGCACUGACGUAGAUACGCACUAAGAAAUAUCUUGAGUUAUUCUAUAUCUAAGCGAAGUUAAGGUGGCAUGUAAUAUAAGGGUUUGCUUGUUAAGAAUUAAGAAAAACAGCUGUUAGAAUUGAUAGAUCUUCUUUUUGCUUUAAUAUGCGACUAUCUCACAAUAAUAUGAAUCAGGUUCUCGAUCAAGAUAAUCGUUGGAUAUAUAGAACAUAAUUGUACUAGUGCUUGCACCCAUUCGUUUCUAAUUAUUCGCUUUGAUCGAUAUCACGUUAAAAUAAUACAUCUUGAUAUUUUUAUGCAAAAUAAUGUAGGUGUAACAAUUCAGUCGAUUGAUUGCAUAUUACUGAAUUGUAUAAAGAAAUGUCAAGUACAAGAUAGUUUUCUUCUUCUUUUUUAUUUUUGUUUAUUUUAUGACAACCCACUUUAAGGAAAUGAUCGAUCAAUAAUUUUAUUAUAGUAUAGUCGAAUGGUUAAUUCAUUUCUAGCCGUCGGAUCGAUAACUCCUCUAUUGUUUACGUUUAGAUUUACCCUCACGAGUCCUGACGAUCGUCCUGAUAUUGAUUUUUCAAAGGUUACGCUGUGAGCCGUCGAAGGGUAGACGAAGCUACCCUCUCAUUCUCGUUCGAACUGUUGUCGUAAUAGUUUGUUUUGGUCAAGCGAGUGGUAAAAAUCUGCUUGACUAAUGAGUCACAAUGGUGCGCGAUGCAGUUGGGAAAGUUUGUUGAUCCUGUUUUCGUCAGAAACGAGGAAAUAAAUAUCGAGGAACUUUAUACUGCCCUUGUGUAUAUGACACAACAUCAAAUCGGCUACGACGUUUCUAAUGAGUGUGCACAAGAAGCUCUGUUAAAUCAUCUGCAAAAUGCAUUCAAAAUCGACAAUGAAACUCAUGAGAGAAUUUUGGAAGAAACGCAAAACAUGGAGGCUCCAGAAAUGCAUCUCAAUGUAGAAGUGAUAGAAGCCAAGGAAUUGGUAUCCAAAGAUGCUAAUGGAAAAAGUGAUCCGUUUUGCGCUCUUUAUCUCGAAUCAGCUCCUACUAGGAGAUACAACACGGCUGUAAAAACGUCCACCCUUAGUCCAAUAUGGGAAGAACACUUUGAAUUACCUUUAGAGGAUCCAGAAAACGAUGUUCUAUCCCUGGAAGUUUGGGAUUUCGAUGCAGCUGAAACUGUGCCUGAGAAAAUAAGUAAAGUUAAAGAUAUUAAAGGUGUUCGUGGUCUCGUGAAACUUGCUAAGGAAAUCGCCGUAACAGCCACCACUGGUAGUCACGAUAAUGAAUUUAUUGGACGUUGUCGAAUACCUUUAAAGGAUAUUCCAACGACUGGACACAUGAUGUGGUAUCCUUUGGAGAAAAAGAAUAAAUCCAAAAGACGAGGAGUCGUUAAAUUAAAAUUGGCUUUUAGCGCGGAACAUAAUGCGCAAGUUGCUGCUCAGGAACAUAGACAUUUACUCAGAGUUUUGUUGCUAUACGAACUUGAGACCGAAAAGGUCGAAAAAUAUUGUUGGUGUGGUCGAUGGUCAGGUCCAGCAGAAGCUUUGAUCCUCCAACAUAGUGCACAACGUGGUCUCUUAGCUAGAAAUAUUGCUCUAGCACAAUGGAUCGAAUAUGCUAGAAUUCAUCAAGAACAUCCACUUAAUUUUAUGGUUUUUAAUAAAUUGAUAGUCGAUUUAUUAAGACCUAUGGAUAAUGGAUUAUUUUCUACGGACGAAACCAAACUAUUUUGGGAUGCAACAAGGAAACUACUGUAUUCUUGUUUAAACAGUAUAAGGAAAAUAAGGAGAUUAGUUUUAGGAGAUAAAAAUGCCAUAACACAGUUAUCAGCUAUUUUAGGAAUAUUAUCGUCUAUUGCCACUCUGAAAAUUCCUGAAGAUUUUGAUUUAUUUCUUGCAAAGAUGUAUCCUUGGUUUCCAGAACCAGAUGGUACGAAAUUGGAUGUUAUUCAAGGUUUAGAGAACACAGUUAUACAAGGCGGUGUCGAAUGGUUUGACCACAUAACAAGUAAUACUACUCCGGAAACUAAAUCGGACGAAGAUGCAUUAAGAUAUCAAAUUAAAGUAAUCCAGUUAAUCAGAGCAGAUUUACAAAGAUCUAUAGAUUAUUACGACAAGCUGUUCAUCAAAAAAAUUAAUUUCCCUUAUGCAAGAACGUUAUACAUUAUGUAUGAAAAAAAAAUAAGUGACAUGUGCAUGGAGGCUGUGGAAGAUGUAUGUGCAAGGUUAAAACGUAUAGAAGUCGAUAGUAAUAAUGAUUCUGAGCUAACUCUUGGUACAACUUUGUUCGAACUCUAUCUCACGCUUCAACGAUAUGCUAUGCUGGGCCAUAUAGUCUGCGCCGAAGGACAAUUGGAAUCAAUGAAAAUACAAAAUUAUCACGACUGGUUUAGAGCUGGUGUAGCACAUUGGUUGGAUAUUGCAGUAUACAAGGCUAUAAAACGAAUCGAUAGAGCUGUUGAGUUUGAUACAUUACAGGCUAUUGAUAAUACUGUGAAAUACACAUCCAGUGCAGUUGAUACAUUGACGAUUUUUUAUCAAAUCAAAGUUUUCUGGACACAACUGGCAUGGCCUGAUGUUGAAGGAUCUUAUACGUUUGUCACUAAAAUUAUAGACGAUAUUUGUAAAUGUUCCAUUGCAUACGCUGAUAAAAUGGCUACGAAGGCAGAGACUACAACAGAUUUAGAACAACUUACCGAAAGUAGCGUCUAUGAGAAAAAAUUCUUGGUAUCUAAUGCUUGGUGCUUUGCUAUUAAUAAUAUCGAUUAUAUCAGAACAUCGAUCGGUCCAUUGGCCAAUGAUUUAGGCCUUCAAGGUAUCGUCGAUGCUUUAGGAGAAAACAAAACUGAAGAAGAGGCUGAUCGUUGCAAACAAACACUUCAAUUAAUCAUUGCUAAUGCGGCAGACACUGUGAAAAAUAAAAUUAUUGAAUUGUUAGAAGUUGUUGCUCACAAAAUGGCACCUGCUAUGAAAAGGUAUCUAAUGGAAGGUGCAGAAUUAAUAGAUACUACUAGUAAUGCGAUGGAUCGACUUUUGCAAUAUCUUGAUUCAAAUUUAACUAUAUUACACGAUAAUCUUAGCCAGGAUAACUUUGAAAGAGUUCUCCUAGUGAUUUGGGAGAUAAUGUCUGAAACACUUUAUCAAUUAGUUCAUAGUAAUCUAGAAAAAAGAAGACCACCUUCAUUCUACUCUAAUCUACAUCGGACACUUCAUACACUCAUUAGAUUUUUCAAUCUUGGUGCAGAUGAAACGUCGAACGUGCAGGUUUUAGAGAAGAUUGAAGAACUUUUGAAACUUCAUGGUUUGGAAACAGCUGAGCUUAUUCAUCGAUAUAAUCAAGAUCGAUUGAAAGAACAGAAAGAGAUGGAAGAAACUAUCUACGGUCUUCUCACUGUUAAAGCUUGCUUCCUGAACAAUUCAUUGAACAUUCAAGUUCUCAAUGCCAGAAAUCUACGACCGAUGGAUAGUAAUGGAGAUUUUAUAGGCAAGCUGUCUACUCUCGAGCGUAAACUGCACUCUAAAUCUAAACAAAGACUGAAAGAAGGGAAGAAAAGCAAAUGUGAUUCUUACGUAAAAAUAAGAUUGUUGCCGGAAGAAAAAUUUACUGAUAACAAGACACCAAAGACACACGUACAAAAGGAAACUUUGUUUCCUCUUUUCGAUGAAACUUUUAACAUUCCUCUUACCGAAGAACAACGAGUUAUAGAGGAUGCCAUAGUGGCUUUUGAAAUAAAAGACAAAGAUUUCUUACGAACUAGAUUUAUGGCUGAAGCCUUUUUAUCAUUCCGUGAAAUUCCAGAAGUGGGACCAGAAAAAGGAAUGGAAUUAAUGGAACAAAUUCAUUUGAAACUUUCACGGCCAACUAACAAAAGUACGGACGUAAUUCGAGCCUUGGAACAUAGAAAAGGAGACAACCAAGCAAUGGAUUUCAUAUCUAAGAUGCAUAAUAAAUCCAAUACAAAAUAAUAGAAAUAUAUUAAUAUAAAAAGCUAUAUCGAAUAAUGUUCAUAAAUAUAGCUAUCAUCACUCAUUGCCUUA